AUGAAGCGUCUACUCAUCUUAACAUUCUACUUACUCCUCUUCCUCGGGCUUACAUCCGCUCAAGAUCCUCCCCCGGAAAAACCAGCUCAAGACCCUUCUCCUGCUCCGUCGCCACCCCCAAUACCACCUCCUCCACCCAGACCUUCACCUGAACCCUCUCCAGAACCCUCUAGACCUCCAGAACCCAUUCCAGAACCCUCUCCAGAACCCUCUCCAGAACCCUCUCCAGAAUCCUCUCCAGAACCCUCUCCAGAACCCUCUCCAGAACCCUCUAGAUCUUUAGAACCCUCCCCAAAACCAUCUCCUCCCCCAAAACCUUCACCUGAACCCUCCCCAGAACCCCCCCUAGAACCUUCCCCCAAAUCUAACGACGGCGUACCCUUCGACAGUAUCGUCGACAGAAAAGUAGGCUGGAAAUACAAAGCCAAAUCCCUCGUUCUAGCCUGUAUAAUCAUCCACCCCAAAUACCGCAAAGACUCCGAAUGGCAAGACAACCUUCAAAAGCGAAUCAAUUCAGUACGAUACAGCAAAGAUUCAAAAACACCAAUCGGUUAUGAAUCGCAGGGUAAAGCUUUGGGACUCGUGUACACUUGUUUCCAAGCUUAUUAUGGAAAUUUCUUGGAUGUGAUUAGGACUCACGGGGAUGGUUUCUCGGGUUAUAUCGACUACACCAAAAUUUACAGUCAUAAAUUCCCAAAACCUCAGGAUAAUGAUCAAUACUCAACCUCUAAAUCCUCCAGCGGGAAGAGUUCUAAUCAAAAACCCAUGGGAAGUAAACAUAAACGCUCCCUCAGAUCUAUCCAGCACACACCCGCCAAGUCCCUCCGUCAAAGAGCCAACGACCUCUUAGCCCGUAGCGCUACAAAAUUCCACCAUUUUAAAAAAAUCGUCAAGCGAAGUCCUGGGUACGAUGUUGAUAACACUUUUCUCGUGAAACGACAAGAUGAUAAAUCCAAGAAACAGGAUGACCCGUUAUCAUCCCUACGACGAAGUGUAGAUUUUACUCAAGACACCGCUGUACUUUCAACUGAACCGCCUGGGCUGGACGUGGCAGAUGAAUACCUUUUCGACGCAGACGACGGAAAAGGCUCGACUGUAUAUAUUGUCGAUGGUGGGAUAAAUUCAAAUCAUAGUGCAUUCGCUUGGAAACCGGAGAAAGACCCCAAAAACAUAGGCUGGAUCUGGGCCGGCCCCAGACCCUCAGAUAGACAAGAAGACCACUCCCCCAGUACCUCUGAGACUGCUGUCCGCGGCACCCAUGUCGCCGCAAAAGUAAUCGGUGCGGUAACAGGUCUUGCUCGUCUCGCGAGUACAUACAUGGUGGUUCCCUACGACGCCGACGGUGGCCUAAACAUUCUAACCUACCUUGACGCCCUCGUAAAAAUGCACGACCACAUCAAAAUCACCACCGGAGCAAACCCUAAUAAGAAGGUUGUGAUCUGUUUCUCCCACCCUGUUAUCCACGUCGCCAGAUCUCAUGAAUUUAUUCGCUGGCCACAAUAUAACAAUAUAACUCAGAGUAAGAAGGAUUUUAUGAAUGCGGCUACUAGUAUCCUUGAUGAGAUUUUGGAAGAUUUUGGGACAAUGAAGAAUGUGGUUAUGGUCACGAGAGCUUCUGGAUUAUUACUCGACAAAGCCCCAGAUCCACUCCUCAGCUGGCCCGCCCGUCGCGCCAAUUCCGGCAACAUCACAAACCUCGUGCUCGUCGGCGGCGUAAAUAAUAACGGCGUCAAAAUCAUGCAAGCACCAAGUAGCGUAGUAGUAUACGCUCCAGCACAAGACGUCCGUGUCCCAAUCUUGCACCGUACAAACCUGAACGCCUAUACCACAAUUCCUUAUUCAAUUCGUUUAAGUGUCGGCUCUAUCUCCGGCAUGCUCGCCUUCUUCAUGUCAAAAUAUAAUGAAGACGGUCGAGCCGCAAAGAACCGUCUAGAAGCAAACGCCUACCCACGCGUCAAAUUCGGAUAUUCAGUAGCAUGGAAUGGCCUCAGGGUCCCCAGUUGCGGUUUCAAUGCCCCCCAAGAUAGCAAAGGCGACGAUAAAGCUCCAAAAGCCAAACGUGCCGUUCCAAGACUCGACUACACCGAAGGCUUACCUGUGAAAUGUGCCUUAAACCCUUUCCGCGCCCGAGUCACUACAGUCAAAACCUCAGUCAAUGGUUCUGCCACCGAAGUCCCUAAGGUGCAAUACUUCCACGCCGCCGACGGUCCGGGAUAUACCCACAAAAUCCCACGUGUGCCACGACCAACUUUAUACCGUCCUUCCUUCGCCGUCACAAUCACAAAGACCACGAGUGUUGGAGCCGCUAGAUUUAGUUCUGACUAUGAGAAGUAUAAGGACAUGUUAAGGAGUGGAAGACCUCCAGGACCCAAGCCAGCCGCAUUGUAUGAGCCAACUGAAAUGGCGGCACCACUGAUGACAACAGAUAAGUUUGGAAAGACUGGUGAGGUUUUGGUGAUUUGGAAGACAGUUUACACUUCUACGGUACCCGUAGAGACUAGUGCCGGUGUUCCUUCAGCGACGCUGACGGCGACCAAUGUUGGGUCUACGAGUUCCACAUCGGCUGCAGAUUCAUCCCAGAACAAGAGUGCCGCUAGUCUCUCUGGUACCACUGGUACCACUAGUACGAUUAUAUCGACUUCUGUUGAUAGUACUAAACCCACAGGGCCAAGCGGUACCCAAACACCGAGUUCAACAAUAACACCGGCACCAAGUCACUAA